GAGUCCCAGGACCAGCUCAGAGCCUGAAACUUCAGGAGAGAAGGAAACACAUUUCCGUUUCAAGUCAGGGAGCAACGAGGAAGCCUUUUCUUUUCUGGCCAUCAUGUCUUCGGUAGGAACGGCUGAGCCAGAUGGGGACCAGAGGGACAGGCAUGUCAGCAAGCUCAUUUUCUUCCUCUUCCUCUUCGGUGCAGUCCUGUUGUGUGUGGGGGUCCUGCUCUCCAUCUUUGGCUACCAGGCAUGCCAAUAUAAACCUCUCUCACAUUGCAACAUGGUGCUAAAGAUUGCUGGUCCAUCGUGCGCAGUGAUAGGGCUGGGGGCUGUGAUUCUGGCCCGCUCCCGGGCACGCCUGCAUCUGCGGGAGGGGCAGCGGCGAGGCCUCCAGGACCCUGACCAAUCCUUCAUCUGUGGAGAGAGCCGCCAGUUUGCCCAAUGCCUCAUCUUUGGGUUCUUGUUCCUGACCAGUGGCAUGCUCAUCAGCAUCCUGGGCAUUUGGGUGCCAGGAUGCAGCGCAGACUGGGAACGGGAGCCACUGAAUGAGACGGACACCGGAGAAACAGAACCCCAGAUCUGCGGCUUCCUGUCUCUGCAGAUCAUGGGGCCCUUGAUUGUGCUUGUGGGAUUGUGUUUCUUUGUGGUGGCCCAUGUUAAGAAGAAAAACAACUUGAGUUCGAGCCGAGAUACCUCUGAAAUUGAAGGGGGACACACCCACAGUAUAGAGCCCGUCCACAUCACUGUAGGUGACUCGGUGAUAAUAUUCCCGCCCCCUCCACCACCUUACUUUCCAGAGUCUUCCUCGGGCACUCGACCUCCUGGGGCUAACAGCUUGCACCGGCCUGAAAACCCACCUUCCUAUUGCAGUCUUUUUAACCACAGAAGGACCCCAACUCCUGAGAGCCAGGGCGCAGCCUCUGAGAGAGAACGGGAACUCAUAUACACCAUUUCUGGGCCAGGUUCACCCUCUGAGAGCUCACACCCUGGGCAUCUUCCACUGGAUCUGCCCCCUAGAUAUGAAGAGAAAGAAACUGCCCCAGCCACGCCCAUGGAUGCACCUUCUGAACAGUCCCCACCGUGAAUUAUGGACUCCACGUUUAUAUAUUUCAUGGAUUGUUAUUUUUAUUUAAUUUUUUAAUAAAAAACACA